AUGUGGUAUUAUCCGAAACUGAUUUCCAAUCAAGUUUCCUACACGUUUGGUCUAAAAAUUGAAAUUGUUCAACUACCGCAAUAUCAAUGUAUUACGAUAGAUAGAGGAUCAACAAGGGGUAAGUUUUUGGGUUUUUUUUCUUUCGCUGAUACAGACUUUGGUAUCCAGAUUGACAACACCAACAGCGAUAGACGCAUAGUGUUUAAUUUGAAAGGCACGAAGGAAUUUGGAUCGUUCGUUAUCCAAGCUGGUGAAAGAGUCCUGUUGAAAACUGUUAUUAGCAACGGAAGACAUUUUCAUUUUACAAGUCAAUUAAGCGAGAAAGGUAAAGAGGUGGUGGCAGCCAAUGCCCUACGUAGCAACAUAACCUACGAAAAGUCUUCCGAAAUUUGCUCAAGACUAGUGUUUGAUGUCGCCAUUGAGGAAAGAAAACCAGUGUUAUAUGUCGCUGUUAAGGAAAUCAAAAAAUUUACUGUUUUCGUACACACUUUAACAGGAAAAAAACUGCAAUUCAAAGUAUCGUCGAACGAUACUAUUAACAAAUUGAAACGCUUGAUUCAAGCCAAAGAAAGAAUUCCGAUUUAUCUGCAGAGAUUGUUGGUAAAGAGCAAAGAAUGGGAAGACUGGCACACAUUGCAUUCUUGUGGUUUACAAGACAAUGGUAGUGUCCAUCUGGUACUAAAAAUAAGUGGUGGGGCAACCUCCAAAGGUUUCACGAUGAAAGAUUAUAAUAUACAAGCUGGUAGUACUCUCCAUUUGGUACAUAAUCGAAUUGGUGGUGGCGACAUUGAACGUGGAGCAGUUUGCUUUGGAGAAAAAACCAAUCAAACUUUUACAGAAUGUCGCGAUUUCAACGAAUCCGACGUUGAUAAUGUGAAAUCAUUCACAUUGGAACUUUUUUUCAAUCCAAACAUGUAUUCUCUAGAUCCAUAA